AUGAACAGCAGUGAUGAUAAUGUGGUGGUUGAGAAGACUGUUGUGAUGCUCGAAAAUGAGGUGGUUUCAACACCUCCGGUUAUUCUACAUUCUGGAAGAAAUACAGCAAAGGAAGCUUCUGGUGAUGACAGGACAGAGAAACCCAGUCCGGAAUUGGAGUACAUUGCUAUCAGGGCUCCACUGUCUCCAGUUAUUCUUUCGGAGGCCGAGACUCCUGUCACCAAUGGAUCUGAUGACCAGGGGAGCUCAUAUGAGUCAUCAACUAAAAGGCCAAACAUUGCUCUGUACUAUUAA